UUCCUGCAUUCCCUUUUCCUUCAGCGUGAGACGUCGGAAUUGCCACAGGACUGCUAAUCUCCUUCCUCUCUCAUUUUCUCUUGGACAAACACUCAUGACACGGUGGAUUUGAUUUCGCAGUGUGAUCCGGGGUUCUCCAAGGACCAGAAUCUCCAUUUGGUCACCUCCCUCCCUCCUUCCUCCUCCUCCCCUCCUCCCUCCUGCCAUCUCUGCGGCGGUUGCCAUGGAGAACUCUUCAGUGGCGUCUGCAUCGUCUGAGGCCGGAAGCACCCGCUCACAGGAGAUAGAGGAGCUGGAGCGCUUCAUUGACAGCUACGUCCUGGAGUACCAGGUGCAGGGCAUUCUGGGAGACAAGCCAGACGGAGAAUUGGAGUUGGACAAUGACAGCAAAGAACCACAGUGGACAGAUGACUGCAUCAACCAGAGAGAUGGUAGUUGGACGUCAUCUCAGGGAAGAGGCUCUUCUAAACGUGACGAGUGGGAACACAGCAGCAAUGGCAGUACAGGAUCCAGACCCAGCUCAGGGUCCAGGCCAGGAUCCGGCUCCCGCUCUGGGAGCAGAGGAAGGAACAAUCAAUUUAAAGGAUCGCCUAAGAAUGGGAACAGAGAUAUCUCCUUUGACAUCCUGGGGACGGACAUAUGGGCAGCGAACACAAUGGACUCACGUGGAGGUGCCGGUUGGGACGUACAACCAGAAAAGCUGGAUUUCAGCCAUUUUCACAGGAAACCAAGAGGAAUGCCAAAGCAGCUGCCCCACAUUGACAGAGAGGGCAUGAGCACAAACACAUUUGCAGAAGACGAUGGAAUAGACAUGAAUGGCCUGGAGAGGUUUUUACCUCAUCUGUGCUCUGUCUUCCCACCCCUUCCUAAUGAGGCUGAGAUCGCUCACACCAAAAAGCUCUUCCGACGUAGGAGGAACGACCGACGGUUAUCACAUAACUGGAUAGAGCAGAGUUUGAUAUCCCACAUAACAUUUGAUCACUUCACCCGAGAGCAGUUAACUGUACUCCUGCCUACCGGUCCAGGGGAGAAACGACAAGUCUCAGCCAGGAGGCAGCAGCGACCUCAGGGAGGAGGAGGGGGGAAGAACCAGUCUCAACAGAUACAGCCACAGUCUCCACAGAGGCAGAGGGAUCAAAUUCACCAGCAGUCCCCAAACCAGCAAGAGUUAAAUUUAAAUGAUCAGGGAGAAUACAGACACCACAAUGCUGGUCGACCACCUCGCCAGCACCAAGGAGGACAUGCUGGACCUCGCCAAGGUGGACCACAGCAUCACGGUUACAGCCAGAACCGGCGUUGGCACCACAAUCAGAAAGGCCAGGGGCAUGGAGAGACAAACACUGUAGGCGAUAAAGAGGCAUCGCCAAGAACAACCAAAGAAACUGAGAAUGUGAUAGUGGGCGACGAGCAGAUCAGACAAGCUCAGGACUGCAACAACAGAAGUCCCAUUAAUUCACCCAGAUCUGCCCCCUCACCCAGUGCAACAGCCCUCCUAGACCCUACAGUAAGUAAGGAAGUCCUUAACAUUCAGCCAAGUGGGAAGGCAAGCGAUGGCCUGACAGAGCGGCCAAAAGUCAGUCUACUGCAGUCAUCAAAGGAGAGGCUGAGGAGGCGGCUAAAAGACAAGGAGGAGAUCCAUGCAGAGGAGUCCCAGUCCCGACCCCAGAACAUGGAUCGGCUGGUGGACCUUCUCAACAGCAUGAGGAGCAACAGCAGCGGCGUGGAACAGCAGCUAGCAUCCUUCAUGGAGGAGGCGCAGAGCUCUGCGCGGUCUGAGGAGUCGCUGGCUCAGGUGGUUGGAGCCAUUUACUCCAAGGCCGUGUCUGACCGAAGCUUCGCUGCAACGGCAGCCAGACUCUGCGACAAGAUGGCUCUGUUUAUGGUGGAGGGAACCAAGUUCAGAUCUCUGCUGCUCAACAUGCUUCAGAGAGACUUCUCCCGUCGUGAGGAGCUGCAGCAGACGGAUGUGGAGCACUGGUUGGGUUUCAUCACCUUCCUAUGCGAGGUGUUCAGCACCAUGAGGAGCAGCUCCGGCCAGCCUUUCAGGGUUCUGGUGUGCCCCAUCUUCACAUGUUUACGAGAGCUGCUUGAGUCAACAGAUGUUAAAGAGGAUGCGGUCCUUUGUUGCUCCUUGGAGUUGCACAGCACAGGGUGUCUGCUAGAGGAGCAGCUUCCUGAGAUGAUGACGGAGCUCCUAGCAGCCGUCAGGGACAAGAUGCUGAGUCCGAGCGAGUCUCAGCUGACCCGUUCCCUCCUCAUGGAGGUCAUCGAGCUGCAUGCGCAUCGCUGGAGCCCCCUGGAAGCCAUCACCACACAAUACUACAACCGUACCAUCCAGAAGCUCACCACAACAGCCUAGCAGCCGGCUCCCACCCAUGCCCAAAGUCUACUUAAAAUAUUCCUUUGCAUUGUUGCUUGCCUGGAUGAUUUACUGUUAACCGUUUGCCGCUACUGAACUUGACAUUUCAUAAAACAGGUGGCGGUGGAUGGGGGCAAACCUCCAGAAAGCUACCAAACAUCCAUGUGACAAAAUGACAACACUACAUGUUGGUAAAGUUACAGAGUUUAGUGUCCUGAGCCGGGGGUGGGGGGCGUGCUUGGCCACACAGAAUCGGGGAGCUGACCGGGCUUUGGUGGUGCAGAGAUUAAAAGAGGGGGAGGAGAGGUCAGCAGCUUGUCCAUGGGGAAUAAAGAGAUCUGCAUGGUGGGGGGGUCAGGGUGGUCUGUGUCAGUCUCUUAUUGUGUUCAUUCACCAAGCCCCCCCCCCCCCCCCCCCCCUCCCUCAAUCUCUUUCUCCUCCAUCGCCUAUGUCUCCUCAGCAGCCCCUGGGGUUUUACUGGCUGAUAAAAGAGAGACAGGGGAGGCGGCGGGGCGCAGACACGGCGCUGUCUGUCUGUGCCGUCUGCCCGCCGGGGUGGGGGACCAGGUCAUAGGGUCUUACAGGGGAGCUCCCCAUCCCGUCGCUACAUGCCCCCCCCCCUCUAAGGGGAUGAGACAGCAGGCCUGCUGGGCUGGGCUGAGGAUCAGGCUCAGGCUGGCUGAAGUAGGGUGGCAGAUGGCUGCUCGGGCCCCUGUGAGGCGACACACUCCAAGCACAGCCCGCCGUCGCCCCCGACUCCCCAUUAAAGCAGCAGAAACCCUGUAGUGACGUGGGCUGCAUCAAAACAUUGAAGCAGACGCUGCCGCCUGAUGAUUCCUUUGUUUUUUCGUCUUGCGGGGGAAUGUCUCUUGUCCUCCGCCCAGCAGUUCCUGUCCGUGCUUUAUUUACCACAGCAUUGAUUUUUGUUAUCCAUUUUUAAUCAUGUACUGUUUUUACCAUCGACGUCUCGUUUUUAUGCUAAAACAUAGAAGUAGACUCUAUUGCACAGCUUGGAUUCAUUUUGCACUGUUUCCAUGUCAUUUUGCUUUAUAUUUGGUAAUAAGCUCGGAGAAAAAGUUCAAAUUUGAAGCAGUUGAGAGUAAAUAUUACACGGUUGUAGUAAAAGAAGGGGGUUGCACAGCGUGAUGGAGUUUAGGUUGUUCUAAUUGCCUAGUGGCCUUUGUUUUUUUAAUAGGACCUCUGUUUUUUUUCCUGGUUUGUCGGUUUCUUGGCAGACCGCAUGCUGACUAGCUGGACCUCAUCACAAACAUUUGUUUGCAGAAGGAAAAAACAAUAAUAUAAGGAAAACAACAGAAGCAUGGCUGCAGCCAGUGUUUCAUAGGAGUUGUGUUGGAUCUCGCUUUAAUUUGUCAAAUAACUAUUAUCCUGUGUAUUUAAAAAUCACUGCUAUGAGAGAAGCUAUUAUUAUUUGAAUGAUCUUUUCAUUUGUGAUCUUUUUAUUUUUCCAAGCUAAUGUUUGUAGCAUAGGAUUGAUGUAUCAACAAGCCAAACAUGCAUCAUGUUUAAAUGGGCUUUAUGUAUAAUCUGCAUUUAGGACUUUAGGUAUUUAACUAAAACGCAACGGAGCGAAAUGGUGCAGUGGAGCUGUUACACUAAAAAUGAAAACCGUCUUGCUACACUAACUCUUUGGAGUUGCUUUGGAGGUAUCUUUUGCAAAAAUGCACGCAUAUAGGUGCAAAUGUUGCAAUCAGAAAUAAACAACCCCCUCCUCACCAAUCCCUUAGCAAUGAUGUGAAUGGAAGUUAAAGAGAGU